AUGGCAGCAUCCGCGUUCAUCUCGGGUGCAGAUGUGCUCUACCUCGCUGCGGGUCUGGCGGGUCUCCUAGUUGCUGUACCGCUGUUGUUCAUCUUGAACCAGCUUGUGCAAGCGCUCUACCGCAUGACCAUUGGUGAGCUGAUCAACCCUUGGAAGCACAUACCUAAGGUGAAGACCACUGAUCCUCUGUCCCUCAUCUUCGGUGAUUUUCGUGCUAUCAAAGCUGCAGACCCUGCUCAACAGCAUGUCAUCUGGAUGAACAAGCUUGGCCAAGUGUACCGCUACCGCCAUAUGUUUUACGUGCAGCGUGUUCUUCUUGCUGAUCCCAAGGCGCUAAUUCACGUGUUGAGCCCUGCGAAAGCGUACCAGUAUCCCAAGCCCGAAUACACGAGCAGUUUCUUGGCAGCUGUACUUGGAGAUGGUCUCGUAUCAAUCGAGGGUGAAAAGCACGCACGCCAGCGCAAAAUCAUUGCGCCUGCAUUUGCGCCAAGUGUUGUAAAAGACUACCAGCCAACAAUUCACCGUCAUGCUAAGCUGCUUGUCGAGAAGCUUCGCCUGAUUGUGCAACAGGAAAUUGAUCGCCACAGUGGCAAGAUCCCGGCUGACACUCACAUUACUGGCCAGUCAGAAUCUGACCGCAGCGUCGUAUUGAAGAACCCUGGAAGCGAAGCUGUGAUUGAUGUACUAUUCUGGCUCUCUCGUACUACGCUCGACAUCAUUGGUGAAAUUGGGUUUGAUGCCGACUUCCGGUCGCUUGAGCGUGGAAACCGUGACCCGCUUGCGAAUUCAAUGGCGACGCUAAUGGAGGCAGUCCUUAACAUUGACCUUGGCUUGGCUAUUUUCCUUAUUCUUUCUGAAAAGCCCGGUCUUCAGUGGCUCCGUAAGAUUCCGACGAAGCGUACUACGACAAUCCGUGAUGCUAAGAAGACGGUUGAGAAGCAUGCAGAAGAAAUUGUCGAGCGCAUGCGCAAUGAGAUUCUUUCUGAAAGUCAAGGCUUGUCAAAGGAAAACUUUGACGAUGGCUCCGCUACGAGGUCGAAGUCACUAAUUUCGCGUAUGAUCCGUGCCAACAUGGCUUCGGACCUGAAACCAUCAGAGCGCAUGUCGAAUGCUGAAUUAAUGGGUCAGAUGACGACUUUGAUCAUAGCUGGCCACGAGACAACUGCCACUCAGAACAGCUGGGCCCUUUGGCUUUUGGCCAUGCACCCUGAGGCGCAAGACCGUCUUCGUAAGGAGCUCCAGGAAGCUGUGGCGAAGGAACGCGCCGAAAUGGACAAUCUGUCGGAGGAGGAACGUGCCAUCUAUGACACCCAGCCCGUUCGGGAUAUCAACUCGUUACCAUAUCUCGACAACGUUGUGAAGGAGAGUGUGCGUAUGCUUCCCUCGAUUCCUAGCACUGUGCGUGUCGCUCUCAAGGAUGAUGUAGUCCCUCUGUCUCGUGGUUACAAGCGCGCUGAUGGUAAGGGUACGUACAACUCGAUCAUGAUUCCAAAGGGUCACGAGCUCUUUAUCCCCCUGAAUGUGAUUCAACUGUCGAAGGAACUAUGGGGUGAAGAUGCUCAAGAUUUCAACCCCAGCCGUUGGGACAAUUUGCCCUCUUCCGUGAUCAAUGCAAAGAUGCCACCGGGUCACCUGUUCGCUUUUCUCUCAGGACCUCGCUCUUGCGUUGGCAAGCAGACAGCUAUUCUCGAAACACAGGUCAUUCUGGCGCAUAUGAUUCUCAACUUCCGCUUUGACGUUGUGCCAGGCUGGGAUCUCGUUCAACGCCAGCAGAUUGUUCGUCGUGCCUUCGUCGAAGGCCAAUGGAAGGAAGGCAUCCGUAUGCCACUCAUUAUGACGCCAUUGAACUAA